UUAGUGAACAUUUUUUGUUACAUACAACACUUUAUGAUUUAGUUUACUGGACAGAUGUGUGUUUAUACAACAUUGACAUCACUCAAUGUCUGUGUUAUUUCAAAGGAAUAAAUUGUGUAAAAGAGAACUUUAAAUGAUAUACUGAAUCUCUGUCCCUUCAAUUAUACUCAUUACUUGUGUGAAAAUUUACUGAAAUCGAGUGCAUUUCCGUGAAAAGUUUUGAUACAGUAAAAAUGUGUUGAAGUGGAAAAAUAUGUCAUUUAAAAAUACCAACACAAAGUCUAGCAUAAAAUUUUAACUCGUUUAAGAAAGGUGAUAAGUAUUUAAGAGGAAGUAUGUGCAAUUUGCUUGGCUUAGCCAUGGAAAGUAAGGUUACAAGUAAAACAAGCAGUCUCAAAGCUCUCUUGCUAAGAGCAUGGCGGGAGAGAUGGAGCGAUCUUCAGUGGGGCAUCAAUAUUAAAACGAUUUUACCAAGAGGAGUGAGCGGAGAUGUACAUAAUUUAGCUGAUUGUAUAUUGCAACAGGCAUUAGUAGGUCCAGGUCCUAAUGAACUGGUUCUUUCUUACCUGAAGCAUUCACUUUGUUCUCAACUAGUAUCUUAUGCUGCUGUACUUCAAAGAAUCAGUAAAUACGAUGCUUUUCACAAGCCGCAUUGUAUUUUGAGUCUUUUAGAGUUUUUGGAAAUGAUUUAUGCUGGUAUAACUUGUAGAGGUAAACCAGAAGAAGACACAUUAGCAGCAGCAUGUCUUUCAAUUGUUUACUGGUUGUUACAAUGCUAUCAUUAUGCAUUGACCAAAGCACCUCAUGGUAAUCCAUUAGCUCCUCAACCAACGGAAUUGAUGGACAAACCAGCUCACCUCUUGAAAGAACUUUCAGCUUCUGAUUUUAUUUGUGCUAUGCUGUAUUCUGCUAAGCACGACAACAAAGAUUUGUAUGUUGAUAUUGUUAAGAAAUGUCAAGAGAUAGAAAAGGAACAACAAAAAAGUAAUUCCAAAUGUUCAAUUGCAAUUGAUGAUUCUUUAAAAAAGCUUUGCAAUUUAGAAAUAGAGAAUAUAGCUUCGAAUAGCUCGAAAUAUGUAAAAGUUGAUGCCGAGCCUAUCACGUAUUGCUUGCAACCUCUGCUAGCAGUACAAAAUUUAGUCAAUCCUGGUACAGAGACAUCAUUGUACAUUAGUCAUUUACACAGUAUUCAAAGACUGAAAAAUUAUUCCAAUGCUAGAUUGUAUUGCGAGGUGAUUCGUGCAUGUAUGAUGUGUUUACAUGAUGUUACUGGUACAUUCAAAGAAUCACAUUGGGGUGGAUUCUCAUUCUUCAAACUCCCUCAAAUUUUAAAGGAAUUGCAUGCAAGCACUUUAAACGAAAACGAUAAUUUUGAAUACUCUCAAGAUGUUAUAGACGCUUUCGAAUUAUUACUUAGGUAUACACCACUUUUAGACAAAAUGGACAUAAUUUGCGCUGGUAAUAGCGUUGAGUUUUUAUUGAAUGAAUUACAAAAAGUAAAUUUAGUGACGGAAAAACAAGCUAAGCAAAUAAGUAGUAGACGAGAUGGCUUAUUAACUUCCAUGCAAAAGUUUGAUUCACCCAACACUAGCUCAUCCAUUCGGGCUAUAAUAAUCCGGGCUGAACCAACUUUGGCUGGUUUUUUGAAAACUUUGAAUGCAGAAUACACAAAAAUUCAAGAUGCCCUGCUGAGUAUGCUUUGUCAAGUAUUAACUGGGAAUAGUUUUGAGCUGAUGCUGUCCAUUGCAACUGUAGAAGGAAAAAUGAAAACAUUUGUAUCAAGAUUAAUCAAGUGCAACGAGUGUAGUAAACAGAUCAAUGACGUGCCUGGCAAAGCUGUGACGACCCGUGCAUUGCUUUUUGAAAUUUCAUUCUUAAUGCUGUGCUCAAUUGUUCAAACAUAUGGACCUGAGGUGGUUCUGGAGGAAGGUGGUGAUUCAUUCUUUGAGCAAUGGGUGCGCGAGUGCAUGCCUCUGAAAGAUAAGCCCAAGUCUCCUUAUAAGAUGGUGCAAAACGUUGAUCCAUCCAAGGUGGACCUUCUACUCGCCCAAAUAAAUUCUCUUGAGCCGGACCUUAAAUCCAAUAAUAAUACAAAAUGGCAUGUAGCUUGCCAAACAGUCAUGGGUGUUGCAAGGGAACUGUUGAAUGCUUGGGAGAGCGGAGCCUUGAGCAACGCAGACGUCAAGCGUACGCUCAAUGGCCUACGCGUCUCCUCUUGUUGCUUGUCUGUUUGCGCAGCGGCGUGGCUUUGUAGUUACAUGAGUAUCACCCACCAGGAUGCACAAGUCAAACCUUACAAUAUGAUACAAGUCCUGUUGUCGUCCAGUCCCAACGAUGAAAUGCAGGAUAACUUUAAGGAGAGAUCGAAUUUGAUGUCUCAAAUCAUUCGAAAAAUGCAGUACGAAGUCCAGUCUAAAACAAAAGUACUCUCAAUAUCUCACAGCGUCGUGUGUAAGUUUUCAAUUUUACAACAACUUCAGCAAAUAUGGCAAGGAAUUUAUCAACGCGGUUGGAUCAACAUUCAAGCGACACAGUCACUCGAAUCGCUGCUUAAGACUGGUGGACCGCUUUGGUUCGUUUCAAACUUGGUCAAAGAAUUAUUAAAAAUACAGUAUCAAGAGGAACUUGACCGAUCUUUGGAUUUGAUCUUUGCAAUUCUGCAUUUAGAUAUCGAAAAUUGCACAUUAGAUCUAAUAAACGAGGUCCUCCCGCAAUACUUGUAUGAUACCUUGCAAGGAAAAAAGUUGGUCGAACCACAAGCAUCAGCUCUCGCAAAGCUUUGUGUUUAUUGUAUAUUUUCUAGCUUAGAGUUUAGUAAUAAUAGUCCACAGCAAAUACAUAAUCGAAAGCGCGCUAGAAAAGACGUCGACACCGAAGAUAUGGACCUUGGAAUGCCAGCUGCAAAGAUUUUAAGACUGAAUGAAGCAAACGAUUCAAAUCCCAUAUUUAUUACAAAUUCCCCUCAGUCUCAAGGAACAACAAAUAGCCAAAAAUCUAUUGUUCUUCGAGAACCUUUACUCAGCGCACUAAACACAUUGUUUACGAAUUUCAACUUUUUGGCUGGCAGAAACGGGGAAGUUUCGCAGCACACUCAUUUUAUUUUACAAUUCCUGCAAUUGACAGUACAAUGUGGAAAAGACAGGGCUCGGAUUGUUCUUCAGAAAAUGCCUUCAACACUGGUUCCAAGUUUACUCAAAGCACUUCCCGAAUUUUUCACGACUGACUUACUACUCCGAUUGUAUGAUGUGCAAACAAUAAUGGGUCGCAAAGCGAUAGCUCGAGAUUUAUGUAUGUUAAGAAAUAUUCAACUGAAGCCCACCAAGUAAUUAAUUAA